CCACGGCGUAUGAUACCCACCAGUGACUGUAAACGCGACGCACGGCAUGCUUGUACGAUCUAGCAUCACUUCUAUGGCAGAGACAUGCCCGAUAUGAAUUACUCCAUGGCAGCCGGCAUUACCUCAUAUUUACAUAUUAUCAAGGCCUUGAUCACGAUUUUCAGAUAACAUUUUGGCAGAGAAAUCAUUGUAUUGGGUCGCAUGUACAAUGCCAAAACUUGACACCACUUUUCUGAACGUCCUGGACACGGCAAGCGCCUACUCGUUCGUGAGUGUAGCGAUCAUGACACCGCAGUGAACAAAAUCGAGUAAACUUUUUGUUCUGGACAGGGAAGCUUACCAGAGACCUUACCAGCUUUUACAUGUGAACUGGGACCGUUGUUGAUUGUGACGCUUCAAGAUCACUUGCACUGUAAAUGUGACUACAGCAGAGAAACGAUUGACUUUUGCCCUGCGAACUCGGAUAAAAUCAAGAGCAACUUGAAGACAGUAUUUGGAAGUUGUCAUAGGAUUGAGAAGUGCAUCAAAGAUGGCAAUCCGUCCCGGUCUCACAAAUGGAGGCCCUUGCCUCAAGCACCGAGCAUCACCGGCACCAAGGCCGAAACAAAAGGACCAUUCCGAUAUCAAAGUGACCAGCCACAAACAGACCGUGCAACACUCAGUUCGCGCCCAGAAAUUGGACGAGCGACAGCUCAGCAAGUUCUUUAAGAGUCUGGAUGACUUAAAGAUCAAGAGACUGCUUCAGAUUGACAAGGAGAUGUCUGAACAGGAACAGAUCUUAGAAAAUUUGGCUAAUGAGCGUGAGCUUGCUCGGGAGCGACGGGUUUCUAGACGAGGCAAUAGCUCAAGGAGCACAUUAGCAGAUAGUGACUUGUCUUCGAUAUUGCCUGAUCAUUUCAUGAGAGGGCCUCGCCCUUCUAUACGCAGAGGCUCCAGUAAUUUUGACUUGUACGCCUUCAUGAUGCGUAGGGAGAGUGACCACGCAGUUUCGCCGCACACCAAGAGCACGCGAGUGAAUAAAAAGACUCCCAGGAAGUCAUGCAAACAAGUCCAAAGUUCUCCGCGGCACCAUAAGACAUCCUUGAAGACAUCAAAAGCAGAGGAUGAUAGGGGAUCCAGUUCGGUCGCAGAGUACCGGAGUAAAGAUGAAUAUCACGUGUUCUUGCCGGGAAAAUAUGAGAUGAAGCCAAGGUCUACUUCACCAGUAUCGGUAACAAGUCUCGCGAGGAGUGUCAGCAUUGAGAGUCUGCAGUCAUCAACGCCAAACGACGACGGCAUUACAGCGACGCAUACGCAGAAAAGUUUCCCUUCUGGAACUGAUUGGCCAAGAAGACAUGACGUCAACAAAGGCGCCCCACGACGCGCGCAUCAACGGACACCGCGUUCAAAGCAACUGCAAAAUGCACGUGGAGAUGGAAGAAAGAGACAAAGUCAGAAAAACAACAAAAGGGAGGGCGGUGAGCGAAGGGCAGAAUUAAAGGUUAAUGCUCAUGACAUGGCAAAGACGAAUGGAUCGCUAAAGAAAGAGGUAUCAUUUCAUUUUGACGAAGAGGAGGACAAAAGAGAUGCUUUAGGUGGCAUCGGUGUCACCAUAGGCGCCGGCAUUAUGGAGAAAAAUAACUUACUGAAAGCACCCCCAGUGUCAUCCCCACUCGCUACCAAUCAACCGGAAUGCAAGGAACCAGACUGUAUUUUUCACAACAAGGCAUAUCGCAAGACGGACCACUCUGAUGAUGAUGAUUAUACCAUCGAUGACUAUUACCGCACUGUGGGUGCCAAGUCGACUGUGUCACCACUCUUCAUGCCUGCUGGUAGUCCACGCUCAUGGAGUCGCCGUGGAGUAGUACGUCCACCAUCUCCCAACCCAUCGGAGUUUCUCCAUGGACUUGACCAUGGGAAAACUACCACAGAUUCUUCCAAGGGUAGUCUGGCCGAAUCCAGCAGCUUCCUGUCCGUUCGGCGACCUCUCAAGGGCUCCAACCGCGAGAGGAUGUUGAAGGACAAAGAAGAAAACGUACGAACCACUUUCAACCUCAUGCGCAAGAAGAUGGCCGACCAGAAACCGCCGGAGUUUAACCAAAACUACGGCACGCCAACUCCAAAUUGGAAAAUACUCAAUCCAUUAAAGAUGCGGCACAAAAUCAACCAGAGUAACCCUUUACAUAGUAGAUGGGGACUCUAGAAUGGAUACAUAGGCCUAGAUCUCCAUCUUCCCAGCUGCCCAUGCGGGUUGAAGAAAGGGGUGGUUAUUUUGUACGCCGCUUUAAGUGGACGUUCAUCGCAUUAAUGUUUGGGUUCUAUUUUUAAGUGCACUUUUUUAACAUUUAAACUUUCGUUCAUUGUAUACAUUUUGUUAUUGCCAUUGACCGGGGUCAACGUUUCCGCGUGCGAACGACCUACUAUUUGCACGAUUGUACAUGGCAAGUGACUUACCCUGCUCAUAAUGCUUUGUAAAUGUCUGCGUUUCUUGGUUCUGUAUGAAAGAGAUUACUUACAUGAUGUAUAUAGGCCUACGGUUACCAGCGCGUUAUCCAAAGGACGAGUGAAGAUUUUCAAAUGAACCAUAAAGGCGCCGUGUUGUCACUUGAGGCAUGAUAGUCCCAAACAUUUAGGGGCAGCGGAACCGGGGGUUGCCCCCCCCCCCCCCAGAUUGUCCCAGGCCAACAAAAAGUAUGUGCCCCCUCGAGAUGAAAAAAAAACCUGCCCCUCAAUCGCACACUUGUCAUGAAAGCAUUAUGAUAACGCUUAGAAAUGGUCUCCUCUCUUGUAAUGCAAACGUGCCCCUGAAAACACAAAUACCCCUCACGCAUUAGCAAGAUUGUAAACCUUCUCUCGUGACUGGAAACUAUCCCUCGAAAGCACAAACACCCCUCUCU